AUGGGCCGCUGGGAUAGCGAGUUGAUCCCGUAUCUCCCAGCCUCUGUGAAGGUGUUUGCAUCAGCAGGUGCUGGAUAUGACUGGGCAGAUGUUGAUAUUCUGGCAAAAGCCGGCAUCAUCUAUUGCAAUGGAGCGACAGCUUCUUCCGAAGCUGUGGCGGACAUGGCUCUGUACCACAUCAUCUCGGUCUUUCGAAAUAUGCAAUGGACGAAUACAGCGGCACGGAGCGGUAACCCAGAGAUGUUUCUGGAUGCCCACAGGAACAACAGCGAAACAGCACGUAAUCCAAAAGGGCAUACGCUCGGCAUUGUUGGUCUCGGUAACAUUGGCUACCGAAUAGCACAGAAGGCAUACACAGCUUUUGAUAUGAAAAUUGCAUACGUCGACCCCAUCUCCAAGCCAGCAGGGCAGGAGGCAGCCAUAGGUGCCAGGCGCUACCAUGACCUUGACGCGAUGCUGGCCGUAUCGGAUUGCGUGGUGAUAUCUGCUCCCGGGAGUGCAUUAGGCGGCAGAGCUCUCAUUGACGCAACUCGUCUAGCAAAGAUGAAAGAAGGUUCGCGUUUGGUGAAUGUUGGCCGUGGAAACUUGGUGGAUGAAGAGGCGUUGGCAGAUGCACUGGAAUCAGGCCAUCUUGCGGCGGCUGGCUUGGAUGUCCACAACAAUGAGCCCUACAUUAACCCACGCCUGCUUGCCAUGAGAGACCGAUACAACACGAUGCGACCGCGGGAUAUUACUAGGGCGGUCAUCUCAGCGACCUUAGUCCCUCGGGCUAGCGCUGCUUUCUGCCCUUGGGGAUUUGGAGGUUACGCAGAGCCCUGCGGAGCCGAAAGAAUUGGCGCUGAUGACAAGGUUUGGAUAAACGCCGUCGAAGCCAGCAAUUCAAGCGGGACUUACACUAUGCCUGGAUAUGACGUGUCGAAGCCAUGGCCCGGUACACCCAUGGAUGGAUGGACUCUUUCGAAAACCGGGGUCGACCUUAGCGGCCUACGUCGAGAUGGGAGGCGCGGCAGCCUUUAUUCCGGCCUUGCGGUCGUCUCCUCUGAUAUUAAAAUCAUUGCACCAAAGUCACUCUACGUGCCGAGUACGAAUGCAAGCGAUCAUGGCAGACCGGUAGUCAACGCUCAUCCGGACUGGAUCUUCUGCGCAUGGCGCUGGUACACCGCGCCGUACAAUAACAAGACCCUUUUCACGAACCCUGACAACCUAGAGUUGCCGGAAGACGGCUCCUGUGCCCAGUGGCUCUCCGAUGAAUGCAUAAAGGCUGUGGAGAAGCAAGCGAGCACCGCAUACUGGAUAAAUUCAGAACCAGGAGGGCGAUAUGGUUCUCACCACACCUGUCACGACCUUGAUGUUCCGGACGAGUGUCUAGGGACAAAGUUGGAGAAUAACGAGCCAUUAGUUCCUACCUGGGGAGUGCCUUUGCAGUACCUCAACGGUUCAACAACAUGGCAAGGUGGAUAUGGUCUCGAUGAAAACACCACAGCAGAAGAUAUUAAAGCGAUGUGGUGGGCUCAGACGGUAGAAUAUCAGCCCAUCGUUACCAUGUUUGGGCACAAAACCAACAAAUCACUAUACUCGACGGAUCCCGAGCCUGGUUUCGCAAAGCUGAGUUGCAUAAGAGGUUUGCCGGCAAAAGGACAGAAGUCCAACACCGGAGGCAGUGGAGGAAAUGGAACCACCGGAGAGGAUGGCGGUAAUGAAUCCAGCAACGAUGGAGAUAGCAAGAGCGAAGCAAUUUUAAUAAGCAGUGGGGUUGCCGUACAACUAGCAGCUUUCAUGGUUUUGGCAAUCUGGGUUCUAUAA